GUAGUUAAAUCUCAUGUCCGGCCUUUGGUCGCAGCGACUUGUCUCCAGGCCUAGCGACGAUAUGGCGGACUUGUCUCUGGACGAGCUGAUCAGGAAGCGCGGCGUGAAUGUAAACAUGAAGGGGAGGUUGAACACCAGGCCAGUAUUUGGUGGUAUCAGAUCCCGAAUUGGAAUCCAACAAACUUUUCUUGGCAGGCCAGCAUCAAGUAUUGGUUUCCAGCAGACAUUUGAUGCACGUCAAAAGAUUGGCGUUACUGAUGCCCGACAGAAAAUUGGUGUGAAAGAUGCCCGGGAGAAACUGCUUCAAAAAGAUGCCAGAUUCAAAAUCAAAGGGAAAGUACAGGAUGCCCGAGAGAUGCUCAAUUCUCGAAAGCAGCAAGGUAGUGAUAAGGUGACCAAGGUUGUUGAUGCCAGGGAGAAGAUCAGCUUGAAAAGGAGUGUGCCUGCUGCAGCCAUUCUAAACACUGCCAUGGAAACAGUGGCCCCUGCCAUGAAGCUCACAAAAACCAUUCAACAGAAGGCUGCAGCUUCAUCACACUCUCACCCUGCAGGUAUGAAGAUCAAUGUUGUGAACAAUCACACACACAAACAGUGCCUGUAUGACAUGGAAGAUGAAGAUGAAGCGGUAUCCCCCCUUCCUAGCAAACAGAUGAAAAUUACUACCACAAACAGCUUUCUUCAUAAUGCAGCUGGGCUCAGUGGCAGCAAGUUCUCUCUGUCAAAGACUGUUCCCCUCACAAAAGUGGUCCAGAAUGAUGCCUAUACAGCCCCUCCAGCUCCACCUUCCCCCAUUCGGACGAAGGCCCUGACAAACAUGUCCCGAACUUUGGUGACCAAGGAGGAGCCCCCUGAAGAGCCUGCACCAAUUGAGCUGGCCUUCAGCCCAUUAGAAGGUACCAAGAUGACUGUGAAUAAUUUGCACCCUCGAGUCACAGAGGAAGACAUUGUUGAGUUGUUCUGUGUAUGUGGUGCUCUGAAGCGAGCCCGUCUAGUGCACCCUGGGAUGGCUGAGGUUGUGUUUGUGAAAAAGGAGGAUGCCAUCACUGCAUAUAAGAAAUACAACAACAGGUGCUUGGAUGGGCAACCAAUGAAAUGCAACCUUCAUAUGAAUGGAAAUAUCAUCACAUCUGACCAACCCAUCUUGCUUCGAUUAAGUGACACCCCCUCAGUGAAGAAAGAAGGUGAACCACGUCGAACAAGUGUAGGCGCCUCCUCAAAUCCUCCUGCAGAGGUGGACCCUGAUACCAUCUUGAAGGCACUCUUCAAAUCCUCAGGGAUCUCUGCCUCUGUGCAGCCUACAGAGUUCAAAAUCAAACUUUGAGGAGUGGAAGGCAAGAAGUGGACUGGAAAACCUAUUGAGCACGGGAAAUAGGGAGAUGUAUGCAGGAACACAACUGUUACUGCAGUUGACCGUGCGGAGACCUUUGUUUUUCUACAGUUGCUACCUUCCUGUACAAUAGUACUGUCCCUAAUAUAUGUGUUCUGUUUUCAUAGUUGGAGUUUUUUGCCCGCAUAUUUCUAAAGGAUUAAUCUUCCCUUCCUCCAGUGAGAAAUAUAGCACCAAGCUUAGACCAUACAACUCCUUCCUUUGUUUCAGUCCUCUAGUAGCCAGCCAGGAAAAGUGCCAUCUGGCAAAAGGGCACAAGCAGCAUCUUGCUUGGGCUGGCAUCUUUUGAGUGAGAGAUGGAGUCCCUUUACUUUUGACUGGUGAUAAAACUUCAUUUCAUUUUUCAGUGCAACAAUGUCUAGGGAUGAGACCAGGUGUGGUGCUGGACUGCCACACCCUUAAUAAUACCAGUAGCAAGUUUUAAAACUGUAAAAUUACAUUCAUGCAGCAUCCCAUAGUCAAUUAAGACAGCCCCUCAGUGAAGAAGGAAGGGGCUGUGCAGGCAGUGGGAGGAAUGUAUAGGUACGGGAACAUGGCAUGCCCUACACUUCUGUUCUCUCCCUGCUUGUGUUGAACAUGUGUUAGCAAGAGAAGAAAGGGCCCCACUCCCAACAUUGACAUCAUCUUCAGUCUGAAGAUGUCACAAAACUGCUUUCUCAUCCUUUGGAUGCAUGGGAUUUUGUUUAUCAGUAGAAUACUCCUUUUCACUUUGUGCACCCCUCCAUCUCGACCAUUUGAGCAGGAGAGAAAGUGCCUGCACUCCUGCUCCACCUUCAGUUUUUCAGGAAGGAGCAGAGCAGUCCACCUCUCUUGCAUUGUGCUUUAAAAGCUCUGCAGGCCCUUGUUUUGCUUGCUCAGACAGACCUGGAUUCAUGCCUGUGUGUGCUGCUCAUGGACCUUGCUGGGAGACAAACUUCUAGACUUGUUAGAAUUGCUUUCAGGGGCUUCUCCUUGUCCUACCCUGCCUUCCCUCAUCCCACAGCAAAGGUUCCUCACUCUGGCUGGAGGUGAGUUUGGUCACAGAAACAACUUCCACCUCCCGCUUUUGAGAACUGUUCAAUAGUGAAAAUGGCAUCCUUUAACACUCUCCUAUAUUUGGGGCAGACUGUGGUACUGCUGUACUGCACUAUUGCUGACUUGUCUGUCCUGGAAAAUAGCAAGUGCCACAUGCCGUUGAUAGUGAGAGACCUUGCCCAGUUGGCACAGAACAUGGAAGGGGAAGUAGGGAGUGAACCAAACUCCAAGGAAGAAGGAUGCACUUUGGUCCAUCCAGAAUCUUUCACUGACUUGCCAGUCUUCACUAGGAGACAUGCACUCCCCCUUUUGUUAAUAUCCCAUUACCCAGUGGAAACAGAAUUGUCAACAGUUCAAAUAGAUGCAUUAAUUUAAACUCAAGCCAAGCCAAGGGUACUAAAAGCUACUUUUAAAUUAGGGUGGGGGCUUAAAUCUUUAUCCUUCCAGCUACAAGGCUAGCCCUCUGUUCAUCUGUGCUGAAAUCCUGUAGUGUGAUUAGAUCACUUUCAUAGCAGAGCUUGCCGCUCUAUGGAUUCUUCUGCUUUUUCAUCUGUACAAUCCGUUUCAUCGGGUCACGUCCCAUCAUAACCCUCCAGGACAUGCAAGGAGAUUUGUUUCCAGUGUGAUUUGAUCAUCUGGAUUAUUCAUUUCAGUCUGGUCAUAAUGUCACCCUUGCUUGGGAGAUGCUGUUCGUGAACUGGAGAACUGUUAUGUGUGUACAGAAUUGCAAAUCCCUGUCCCAGACAGCUAUGUUCCAUUGGAAUGGUGAAUUACAGGGGAAGGGAAGGUUGGGGCUG